ACCCUGACUCAGUGACUCCUGCUGAGGUCAUUCAUUUUGCAAGAGUAGAACACUCUCUCUCUCUCUCAACCGCACUCAACUCAGACAACAAUGGCGGACGAGGCGCAGGAUACGCAAACGGCGCAAGAUAUCGAGUCUCAAAUCAAGUCUGCCAUUUACUCUCGCACUGACUACUUCCAAGACCAAGCCGAUUCGUUGACGUUUGAGAAAGUGCGGAGGUUAUUGGAGACGGAUUUAGGGUUAGAGACUCACGCUUUGGAUACGCAUAAACGAUUCGUCAAGACUUGUCUUCAAACGUGCAUAGAAUCCGCUGAUAGCAAGAACCAAGAUAAAUCUGGGGAAAGUAAUGUGUCAUCUACUGGAGAAGAUCAACCCGUAGAUGAACUUCAGGUGAAGAAUGAAGCAGAGGAGCCUAACGCUGGAGGUGCAGAAACAAUGGAAGACUCUCCUGUAAUGGGUCUUUUGACAGGACCAAAGAAAGCAAAAGCUAAUGUUGAUGCUGAUGCAGAUGCUGAAGAUACUGAAAGUAAACCUGUACCAAGUGAGAUCACAAUAAAGAAGGCCAUUUGGGAUAGAGCAUCUUAUCUCAGGGAGAAUUCCGAGAACAUUACAUUGGCUGGACUACGUCGGCUCCUGGAGGAAGACCUUGAAUUUGAGAAAUAUUCAUUGGAUCCAUUCAAGAAGUUUAUUGGUCUGGAAGUGGAUGAGGUAUUGAACUCACCUGAGAUUUCUCAAUCUACCGGGAGUUCUCCGAAGAAGAAUCCUAAGAAGGGUUCUACUCAAAAAGUUUCUUCCAAGAAAGAGGAAGCAUCUGCUUCUUCAGGGGAGGAAAGUGAUGAGGUUGAAGAAGAGGAAGUAAAGGUUAGAAAAAGGAGUGCUGCCAAAAGAAAGCCACCAAAAACAGAGUCAGUAAAAAAACGUAAGAAGACUGAAGAGGAUGUCAAAGGAUCUAAAAGAAAACAAAGUAAGGUCUCAAAAUCUACAUCAGAGGGAAGUGAUGAGGAGGGAGGUGGAAAUGUUUCGGAGGAUGGUAAUUCUGAUUCAUCUGCUGAGAAACCUGUGAAGAAGAAAGAAGCUCCUAAACCGGUUUCGUAUGGAAAGCAAGUGGAGCGUCUAAAGUCAGUGAUCAAAUCUUGUGGCUUGAGUAUUUCCCCUGCAGUUUACAAGAAAGUUAAACAGGCUCCUGAAAACAAACGUGAAGCCUGCUUGAUAAAAGAGCUUGAAGAGGUACUUGCAAAGGAGGGAUUGUCUUCUAAUCCUUCUGAAAAAGAGAUCAAGGAUGUAAAGAAAAGAAAGGAAAAGGCAAAAGAACUUGAGGGCAUAGACCUGAGCAAUAUCGUUUCAAGUGGUCGCCGACGGGCCACCAGCUUUAUACCUCCACCUAAGCCCGUAAUACCAGAUCUAAGUGAGAGUGAGUCAGAAGAAAGUGAGAAUGACGACGAUGAGGAUGACGAAGUAGAAGAAGAAGAAGGGGAUGAGGACGCAGAGAAUGUGGAGGCUGAUGAAGAUCAGGAGAAUGGAGGUAAUGGCAGUCAAAGUGAAGAAUCUGAUAAAGGAAACAGCGAUAGUGAUUAAUGACGGGCCCACUUUCACUUGAAGGACCCGCCCACUGAUGAGGAAUUCGAUAGGGAUAGGACGAUUAUGUAUUUAUGUAUCGUUUUUACGUUUUUUUAUUUUAUUUUUAGUGCUUUUAGUUUUCUACAGAUUAGGAAGAGUUUGUAUUUAGGUGUGAAACUGGAGCAUAAAAAGUUAAAGAAUCUGAUUCUAGAAAGUUGAUAAGUAGGAACUUGCCAGAAGAAGACGACUAUAAAGAGCUCCGUCUUCUGUGAAUUAGACGAUGCUUUUAUUGUUGUGUGUAAAAGUGAUUAUAAUUGUUCCAUAUUUAUAAACGGUUUUUACAUUUUAGUUUUAA